GUGGUCGUCAUUUUCAUAUCAUCUCAAUUUCAAUUGUGUGUAAAAAACAAUGGCUGAAUUCGGAUUAAGCUUGAAGAAACUGGAUGGCAAGGUGGCCAUAGUCACCGGAGGCGCAAGUGGGAUUGGAGAGGCAACCGCAAGACUUUUUGCCAACAACGGUGCACGUAUGGUGGUGAUUGCUGAUAUCCAAGAUGAAGUAGGCCAAAGAGUAGCCGAAUCCAUUGGAUUGGAGCAUGCCAGCUACAUCCACUGUGAUGUUUCUGAUGAAGAGCAAGUCAAAUCAGUGGUGGAAUCGACGGUUCAAAAUCACGGGCAGCUCGACAUCAUGGUGAGUAAUGCUGGGGUUGGGAGUAGGUCCGACCAGACCAUUCUUGAUCUUGACUUUUCAGAACUUGACCGCCUGUUUGCAAUCAACAUUCGAGGCAUGGCUGCUUGCGUAAAGCAUGCGGCGCGGGCGAUGGUCGACAGGCACGUGAGGGGGAGCAUUGUGUGCACAGCAAGUGUGGCUUCUUGCACUGGUUUCGACAAGUUCAUUGAUUAUUUUAUGUCCAAGCACGCGGUACUUGGGCUGGUUCGAUCAGCAAGCAAUCAGCUUGGAGCGCAUGGAAUCAGGGUGAACUGCGUGUCACCGUUUAUAAUAACUACGCCACUUACAUGCGAUGUGCAUGGGGUGGAUGCAGAGCAAGCAGAGGAAGUGGAAAAGAUUUUCGAGCCGCAUAUUCCUUUAAAAGGGAUUGUAUUGAAAGAGAAUCACAUAGCCGAUGCAUUGCUGUUUCUUGCAUCUAAUGAUUCUGCGUGUGUCACUGGGCAUAACCUUGUGGUGGAUCGUGGCUUCUUAGCUAAAUAAUCGAACUCCCAAAACCCAGAGCUUCAUAAAAAAUAAAAAUAAAUAAAAAUAAAAAAGGAAACUUAUUUGGGUUUUGGAAUUUGGUUGAUGCUCCAUCGGAUCCGCACUAAGAUUCCGAUUAUUGUGUCUUGGUCAAUAAAGCUACCGUUUCAUAACAUCUUUUUGUGAAAUGAUAUGCCUAAAUUGUUGUAUGUUUGCUAAUUCUGCUCUGUUUUUCCUCCUUUUCUCUAUUGUCUUCCUCCCAUACUGAUUUGUGACUCUUGCCCUUAAUUAUCGUCUAUGACGAACACU